AUAGGUAGGCAAUUGAAAAUGGACAAUUGUCAUAGGUAAGGGUUUAGUUUAGAGUCUUGUUUUAUCUCUUUCGAUCGCGUUCAUCGUUGUUUUCCCGCGGGAGUCGCGUACGAUUAUGAUCGGGAGAACAUCGCUGGUAGAACAAAAGAGACUUCAAUGGGCAAGGGAAAGGGAAGAAAUGGCUCGUCUCGCUGUUAAUUGGGGACCUUUAAAACCAAGUAGUAACUACAAUAACCGAACCCACAUUCGCACUUACUCAAAUGACGUCAGAUUGUCCUUGGAAGAAAUUAAGGAUAAGCCUUCCGCGCAACCCCUUCGUGCGACCGGACGUUAUGGAAGCACUGUCAGUCUGAAGAGUCUGGUGACAGAAAAUUCUGGAAAUGGCAAUAACAAUCUCAAGUGUCUCGACUAUAAUGGCGGUAGUUUGAUUAAUCUCCGGGAUCAGAUGGACGUGUCGCAAAUCAGACGCAGGAGUCCCAGUUUGCCUCCGAUUUUCAACAAGGAGCAACAACAGUAUUUUUGCCAGCUGGAACAACAGCGUGAUUUCGGUGUAGAGGGAUCGCGAUACCAGUCGCAGAGAUCGCAGAAACUGGAACACCAUCACCAUCGGUCCAACGAUCAUCGCGAGGCCCAUAAAGAGCCUCGUCAUUACGGUUCACCGGGCGAGGAACGCGAAGGCGAAACUUCUGGUUAUGCCAGUGAUUCAAUCGACGUACCUCAGGCAAGGCAAAGAGUACUAGCUGAUAGUAAAGCAGCGGCCAGAAUGGAAAUGACGGAAAAAACCUGGCAGAAUCCUUAUUGCACCACCCCAGAAAGUUCAUUGCCACCCUCGAGGAGGCUCUCACCCGGUAGACUGGGAGAAUUAAACAGGCCAAGGUGGGGCAGCGUCUGGGGUCAAGACGGAAGAAGCGAUCCGCCGCCGCCCUCUUGGCUAUCAAGAUUAGGACAAUCGAGUCAAGUUUUAGUGAUCAAUCAUGAUAGCGCUAGCAGUCCGGACAGUUCGACAACUGGUUCGACCAGCUCCGACACCAACAAAGUAUCUUAUCUUCGGGGUCAAAAUAUCCCAGUGGACGCGGACAUUCUUCAAGAACGUGAAGCGAGACGGCAGAAAGCGUUGGAAUUGCAAAAUGCUAUCAAACAGCAACUUGAGGAGAAGGACAGGCAGAGGAAAGAGGAGAAGGAGCGACGGAUGAAAGAAGAAAGAUUGGAAGAUGAACGAAUUCGACAAGAAAGAGAAAAAGAAAGGGAAAGAUUGGAAGAAGAACAACGGAUAUUGCGCGAGAAGGAAGCGGCAAAGCUGAAGAAGGCGCAGGCGAUGCGCGAGGUACUGGAGGCUGCGGAACGGCUGGCCAAAGAAGAGCGGAAGAAUCGGCGGAAACGAGAUGGGCACACCAACGAGGACACUGACGUGAUGACGCAGUCUUCCAACGAGUCAAACGCGGCCAUCGGCGUGGAUACAUGCGAGGAAGAAAAUUGUUCGCAAGCACAAAAGCAAAGCACAAACUUGACCACCGAUUAUCCCGUGAAGAAAUGCAAAAGUCCGAAGGACGUCAAGGAGGCUGACAACUAUCGCGAAAGCGAGAAUGACAAAGAUUCUCCGAAGGGCUAUUCGCAACCAAAUUACGCGGACAAGUCGGAGGAGGCUAUGCUGGAUCCGAAUCCAAUGUCUCUUCAGGUUCCUGUGAGCAAGGACGUGGCGAUUGUGCUGAGCGGCAGGCUGGAGGAUCCGGAGAUCCUGAGCAGGGCGAAUUUGCAAUUGGUGAAUCUGGUGAUGACGCCGAGUCCGCGUAGAUUCGCGGAGAACACCGCGGAGUAUUUCUCGCUGGGCCUCAACACGAUCAAGAGGAACAAUGAAAGUCCUAGGAAUCUGAGGAAAUCCUCGAGGGAUAGCGCCUCGUCGGCCCUCGUGGAGAACAGGCUGUUGACGCCCAGUAAAUAUAGAAUGAUGGCCGGCCGGGACUUUGGCACGCAAACAGACGUAGAGUCCGAUAUCCAGGAACUGCGGGAGAAGCUGCAGAAUCAAUCGAUCAGGGAUCAAGAUACUGAAGGGACAAAGGACAGGAAGGAUACGACGAAUGCCAGUCGAAGAAACGUUGAAAAGUCGAUCAAUGUGAGUCCAGGCGAUGAAAUUUCCAUAAAAACACUUUCGCGAUCCAAAUCGCAACCUAGAACCACGCUCGAUAGCAGACCGCGAUGGAACGCUAAUCGCCCAGGUACACGAUAUCGAACGCAAAGUGAGAAAGACCCGCACUAUCAGAGAAAAUUAAGAUUAAGAAGGCGACAAGUCGAGUCUAGCGACGAAGGAUCUAGAUCGCCAUCUCCCGAUCGGCGAAAAUCGAAUAACGGAAAAUCGAAGAAUCGGAACAUUAUCAGGCGUAAAGCGAAACUCGAGAAUUACGACGCCGAUCUAUCGAUGGACAGCCUGAAUUCCAUUGUGCCUCUACGAAUCGACAAAAAUGGGAAGAUCAAUAUUGAGGAUCGUGCUGAAAAAAAGAUGCGAUCGGACAACGCUUCUUGCAAUACGAACCGUGCAGAACGAUCGGACAACGAUAAUUCCAAUGUCUGGUGCGGUCAAGAGAUCUUAUCCAAGCUGUCAUCAUUGAGAAGCGGACUUUUGAUGAAGCAAAUCGAGUGGGAUUCCGAGCGAUGUCUGGUCUCACCCGCUGCGUCCGAAGUCUUUUAAAUGCCCGCAGAAUUUCGUUGUUUCCUUUCGUUUUUUUUUUUUCGUUUGCAUAGAAAGUGAGAUCGAGUAGAAUGCAAAAGGGGUUUUGAGAAAUACGUUGUUUGUUUCUUCAAGCAAACAACGCGAGGUAUUCAAACGCCUUUCUCGCAUUGCAGAUUUAGAUAAUGGCCUUUCAACUGGACGAUCUGUUGAAGGACGAUAAGAAGGAUGCGAAUUUGAUACCUGAUUUGAGCAAGUCGACCUGUAAUUCUUACGAAGAGUUCCGGCGACUCAAGGAACACUGUCCGGAGUUUAAGAUCAAACCGGAAAAGGU